AUGCUCAAGUGCGGCUCGGCAGCGCAUCCCUUGCGCCGGGGAGUGGCUCUGCAGAGCUUCAAGGGCGCGGUCGCUCGGCCAAGAGCUGCGGCGCUGCGACACUACGCAACGGACAUUGAACCCGAGAGGCCGAGGCCGAAGCCUGCCACAGAGGGAAAUGAGAAGAAGCUGGGGAGGACGUUCCAGGGCCAGGUGAUGGGCAGCAUUGGCGCGCGGUUGAGGAGAGAGAGGGAGCAGCGAGAGCAGUACGAGAAGUGGAGAGACAUGACAGAUCCUUCGCGGAACUGGAUGAUUACCUUUCUCUUCCUAUCGGGCAUUGGCAUUUCAUACUGGCUGGGGACAUACCGGCAACGAGAACCUGAGCCGAACUCGACGCUGCCUCUAUCCAAGACGACACCGCCGUCGCAUAACAUCAAGCUGGAGAACAUGCAAGCGGCAUGGGCAGACUUUGUCAAGAUUGUCGGCAAAGACAAUGUGAGCACCGAUGAAAUACAGACGGAAGCACACAGCACAUCCGAUUGGUCGACGCAUCCUGCCGGCCCGGAGGAGCGUCCGUUCUGCGUGGUAUACCCCGGCUCGACAGAGGAAGUGUCAGAAGUCAUGAAGAUUUGCCACCAGAGGAGGAUUCCUGUCACUGCUUAUAGCGGGGGAACCAGUCUGGAGGGACAUUUCACGCCGACGAGGAAGGGCAUUUCAAUCGACUUUGGCCGGAUGGACAAGGUUCUGUCUUUGCAUGAGGAGGACCUUGACGUGGUUGUUCAGCCUGCCGUUGGCUGGGAGGAGCUGAAUAAUCAUCUCUCAGAAAAGGGCCUAUUCUUCCCUCCUGACCCCGGUCCUGGGGCGAUGAUUGGAGGCAUGGUUGGCACUGGGUGCAGCGGCACGAAUGCUUACCGAUAUGGAACGAUGCGGGAGUGGGUUCUCAGCCUGACAGUUGUCUUGGCAGAUGGAACAAUCAUCAAGACUAGGCAGCGCCCUCGUAAGAGCUCUGCUGGCUACGACUUGACCAAGCUAUUCAUCGGAUCUGAGGGCACCCUUGGUCUGGUGACGGAAGCCACGCUCAAGCUGACAGUCAAGCCUGAAUCUACGAGUGUUGCUGUCUGCUCGUUCCCUACGAUUCGCCACGCAGCGACCUGUGUGCGGGAGGUCGUAGGAAAAGGCAUUCCCGUUGCGGCAGUGGAGAUUCUGGACGACAACCAAAUGAGGUGCAUCAACAUAUCCAAGACGACUUCACGCACAUGGACCGAAGCACCCACUUUGUUCUUCAAGUUUACCGGCACGCCCAACGGUGUCAAGGAACAGAUUGCUCAAGUCAAGUCUCUUGCCUCGCAGACGGGAAGCAAGACAUUUGAAUUUGCCAGAAACGCCACCGAGCAAGAAGAGCUAUGGAGCGCGAGAAAGGAAGCGCUAUGGAGCACCAUGUCUGUCAAGAAGGAGGGCGACAGAGUGUGGACUGGGGAUGUGGCCGUUCCGAUGAGCAAGCUGCCUCAGGUGAUUGAGGAGACCAAGGAGGACAUUCAAAAGAGCGGGCUGUUUUCAACAAUUGUUGGGCAUGUUGGAGAUGGCAACUUCCACACCAUUCUUUUGUACAACGAGGCUCAGCGAAAGAAGGCAGAGGCGGUUGUUUCGCGGAUGGUCAAGAGAGCGAUUGCGCUUGAGGGCACUGUUUCUGGAGAACAUGGCGUUGGCCUAGUCAAGAGAGACUACCUCCCUCAUGAGCUCGGUGAGACGACGGUGGAUGCGAUGCGCCAGAUCAAAAAGGCUUACGAUCCUCUGUGCUUGUUGAACUGCGACAAGGUUAUUCGCAUGCAGAAGCCGAGGAGUGGCGAGGUUUGA